UCUAAGUUUAGUGAUGUUUCUUCAUGCUGUUGAAUCUUGCAGAGAAGAAAUGUGAAGCUUCACAGCAAGAGUUCUCUGAUUCAGGUACGCAUAAAGGCAAACAGCCAUCAGAAAUCCCCGAGAAAGGGCCAUCGUCAUCACAGGAAGCCCACAAGCGGAGAAGAACGUCACAGGAGGGAUACACCGAAACCAACCUGCAAUCUCAACUGAUCGAAGUCCUCGACAGAAACAGCAGAAUGCUGGCAGCCCAGCUCGAAGCUCAGAACGCGAGCAAUCAGUUAGACAGGGAGCAGAGGAAGGGUCAGAGUGACGGACUGCUCGGUGUUCUCAGCAAAGUAGCAGAUGCUCUUGGGAGAAUUGCGGAUAAAUUGUGAGUAGGUUGUGUACAGAUUAGUGCGCACUAGCUUAUUGGAUUGAUGUAUACUUUUUUUUCUUCUUCUUCUUUCUAUAGCUAAUAGCGAACCUACAGGGAGAAUUUGAGAGUUUGGAAGAGGUUUUAUAUACUGUAGAUGUUGGGUUUUGAUUUGAUAAGUACAGUGUUUGUAGCAGAUAGUUAUAGUGAUGUUGAUAUUUAACUGUCUGCUUAAUGAUUUGCUUAUAAGAACCUAGUGGGGCUGCUGUAUGUAAACUAUUUUUUCAUGGACGAAUUGUCCCACAUAAUAUUAAACAAAUGUUACACUCUUUAACUACGUGAAGCAAGCAAAUAUCACGAGUCAAUUGGCAUUUAAGAAUAUGAUUCACCCACCAACUGACUUCGACAGAAAAAAGCACAAUCACAACUGGAAAUGCUGUGAAGGAGAGGGAAAGGUACAGAUUUGAAUCCAGGAUGCAUAUAUCAAUCACCAGAUCUUAAAGACGCACGAAGGCAACCCAACAUCACAAUUAUCCAGAUUAAGGAUAUUUCUUUAUGCUACAGGAUUAAAUUCAGCAGGGCAAAAAAAAAAAAAAAAA